AUGAUCACCUACGAGACCGGACGAAUGCAAAUCGCCAGUCGAGCAGUCAUGCCCGGAGCGGAACUGACGAUUAAACCCAAGCCGGAACCGGAGGAAGAACCGUCGUCCAUUAGAGCCAAACCACAAUCCGUAUCCCCGAUAACCGGUGCGGAGAAAGAUCUCGUUGACCAACUCACUCCCGAGGGUUAUAUUCCUAUCAUGACGGGCAUGUCCAUAUUCAAAUCCCAGUUUAAAGAUAUUUUGACCCUCCUACCCGGAGAACAACCAAUUCCACCGAGGAAAAAACCACUAGGACCUCGUUCGAAAGCUGCCUCCGGAUCCCUUGCGGUCGUGACUAAAGUCGGUGCAGCCAGUACACAACCAAAAGUACCGUCUAAGGCCACAUCGAGAAGGGCUCGACAGGGACGAAUUGCUCAGCCCCAAUUGACAAGCCUGUACACGGACAAGCCAGCACUCCGCACCCGACCAGGUGUGGCACGUCGAUCUCCUAUGGGCCGCAUACGGAAAGAUGACAUAGAUGCUUUGGUCGAAGCCACAUCCGGAGCGGUUGGUACAGACCUAACAUCAUCAUCUCCACGGACGAUAAGAUUGAUGCCAGAAAGACGAGAGCCCCCGUUCCGUUUUGCAUCCAGUUUCGGUACGACCGUCAGUUCCGGUGGACCGAUCCCAGAAGGUGCAAUCAAUGUUGAACACAGUGUGGGAAAAGAUACCUUACCGGAAGAAGCUCAAGCACAAACAACCGAAUUGGUGAGUGAACAGGUGGGUCAAUUGAGCACGGAAGUUCAUCGGCUAUCCGAAAUGGAAGAGGUCACGCCCCGAGCCACAGGGAUAUGGACAUGGCUUGAUACGCUGUUAGCGUCUCAAGUCAAAUCGACCACCGGACCGCAAUCUGACUAUCAGGCUUUGUCGAGUGAAAUCAAAUCGGAAACAUCACGUAAGGUACCCCGAGUGAAGGGUGACAGACUGAUCAAUCGUUUUGAAGAUAAAGGAGCACAUUUGCAGUACUUGAUCAAAAAUCUGGAAGACGCUGAUCAAUGGACUAUUCAUCUAGAUGCAGAUGAAUCGGAAAUCCAAUUGGAAGAUAUCACAUCGAUGGAGGAGGAUCAAACUAAACGAGCCCAAACCUUGCGACCGAGUAGUCAACUAUUCACCUCGACCAUUCCGCCCACGCAACGAGCAAAACAAAUCCGCAAACGGCUGAUUGAAAAAGGUCUCCUACCACCGAUCAUCGGUCGAAUUCCACACCCAGAGAGUGAUCGUAUGUUUCGUCAGGCUGUUCGAUCUCCACGCGAAUCUACUGGUCUGGACCGUUUCACCACAGAUUUGGAUUACGCAACCAAGUAUUUACAAUCUGUAGUUCCGCCCGGGCGAUUGACUUUGUUGUUGAAUGAUAUCCAGCGAGACGAAACCUCCCCGGACGCAUUGAAUGCGCUUGAGGAAGCUUUGCUCCUGGCAGCCAGUAAAGCGGAAGCAGCUGUGCAAGAGUGGGUCCACUGUGUGACUUUCAUGUUUCAUCAAAAUAUGAACAAACGUAUUUUUCUCUUUUCGAAAUUAGGCUAA